AUGGAUCUCCAUGACAAGCGAAACGGAGAGAAGCAUCAACUUAGUAGUAAUGUGGCUGUGGAAAAGGAUGGCAACGAAAUGGUAGGCAGAAAGGGCAAUACAAAUAAAAGGAUUUAUAUGAAGUACCAUCCGGGGGGAUAUUACAAAGAAGAGGAAAAAGAAAAUGAAGGAAUUCCAUACAAACGGAACAGAAGACCGAGCAGAACUCCUCCAAGUAUUGACGGUCAUGGAGUGGACAACAGGGAGGCAUAUCAUCUAGCGAAAAGGAAGAAAAAGGAAAAAAUGGUUAAUGAAUUAUCUGCCCCUGUGUUAUCCCCCAGUGGUGGAGGGAACAACCCAGUCAGGGAUGGUUAUGGCCAAGACAGCUACGAUGGGGAUGAUCGCCAAAGGGAAGGAAACAAAUGGAAAAACAACAGAGGGGAUCAUCACCACAUGAGUGAGAGAAAAACGUAUAAUAUUCGUAAGAUGGGAUUCUAUCCCGCCCAUAGAGAUACCUCCCCUGGGGAAAAAAGAAACCUUCGCAGUAACAGUAUUCCCAGCAGCGUAAGUCUUAAAAAGGGAAGUGCCGCACAGGAGGAUGAAUCCACGGCAGAUGAACAUACCCCAAAAAAUAGGGGUAGCAAAAUUUAUAAGUUAAAAAGUAAGGGAGGAAGUUCCUCCUUUAUGUGCCAUCCUGAUGGAAGGCGGAGGAGGGUGUCACCCACGAGGAGAAAAAGCUUCUCUCAUUCGAGCGUGGAAACAUCGGAAAGUUUUCGCGGUGGGAAGUAUGCCAAGGAGACCACUCAUGGGAAUGAUGGAAGUGAUAAACGUGGCAAACACGACAGGCGCAGAAGAAGUUACGACGCCGAUUCGCCAUAUGAGGAGGAGUAUCCGAUGCGGGAAGCCAAACGGGGGGAACACAGUCCGCAUCGUUAUUUCGUUGAGGGAAGACCGCAUGGAGCACACCUGUCCGGUGAGUCAAUACACAGGGAGGAUGAAACCUCAAGCGAGUAUAGACGGGAAUCAACGUUCAACAAAACUGAAAGGAAUAAAAUCCACAAAAGGGGGAAACAAUCCAGUCGAAGCAGGAGCGCCGAGGGGCACUACUACAGUAGGAGGAAAAGAAAUUACUCCCCGCCUGCUGAGGAGGAUCCACCAAACGCAUAUAGGAAGAAAUGGCAGAGAGGGAAUUACUAUCAUGGGGAUGGAGACUAUGAGAAGGAACUGCCCCCGAAACGGAAUCAUCGUGAGGGUCCAUCUCGUGGUGGAAGUGAAAAACUCAGUAACGAUAGGGAAGAUCCCAAUUUAAAAAGAAGAAAAAAAGAGUAUCCCCAAAAUAGGGAGUGGAGAGAAAAGCCCUUAAACUAUCACAGGGAUGAAGAAAACGAAUCUGCCACUAGGGGGGAGGAACAAAAAGAGUAUUAUGAUAAUCAUGGCCGAAGGGAGGGACAACGAAGUGGAAAGUACGACCGGCACUCGAACGACUACUCAAGUAGAAAACGGGAUCGUAGCGAAAUGGACGAUGGGGCUGGCAUAUAUGACCAACGUAGGUACUACUAUCCACAUGGGGAAGAGUCCCAUCCAAGGGGAGGGAACCACAUGAAUAGAUUGAACAAAUGGAAGGGGGAUACCGAUGAUGAAGAACAGAGGGAGGAAUUCAAGCAACACUCCGAUCAGCGUCUCCACCAUCAGUUUGAAAGGAACUCUCAUGGAGACAGACAAAAUGAUAGGAACCCCCGUAGAAAUCGAAGCUACGACAGAAGUUGUGACAUUGGCAGUGACAUUUCCAUGAACGAAUUAAACAAUGAAAGAAUGAAAAAAAAAAAAAUUAUUGAGUUUGUUCAAGUCGAUGGUAAUGUAGAGAUAGAGUUAUCGUCUGAUGCUGAUUUUACCAACUGGGUGAGUGACGAUGGUGACGUCUCAGCGGAAGCGGGAGUAGAGACAGAUGCGGCCGGCGUGGCGGGAGGAGACCAUCGGAAAGGAAGUCCCGUUCGUAUCAAAUUUAGGAAUUCCCACCUGCGUAAGUUUGUUUUGUGUAGGGGCCAGCUUCGUAUGGGGACGUUACCUCCCCCGGGUGAGUGGAGCCAUUCCUUCACGCAGAAAAGGAGCGUUAGUGUUUGCUCCUCGGAUGGGAACACGUAUAGUUAUAAUAAGUAUGCACCCUCCACUCGAAAUGCUAACUACAAGCAGAGUGAAUACAGGCAGGAAAAACAUUCCCCCAUUUCUUCUGUGGGCAAUAAAUAUUAUGAUGUUCAUCCAUCAAAAAGAAGAGGUUCACACAGUGAUCGGUCAGAAUCUCCUGACUCCUUCAGGCGAAAUGGCUACAUGAGUGGUAAAAAUUCUGUUACCAAAUAUGACUCCAAGUUUGAGAGGCGCAAACAUAUUCCCAGUGUCGACGGAGAAGCGAAUAGGCGUCGUUCUAGUUCGGCUUCUGCAGUGCAUGACGCAUCUGUGGAAUGUGAGAAUGACCGUGAGGGGAAGUUCCCGGGGGGGUCCAGAAGGGGUAAAGAUAGGAACAAAUACAGAGGGAGUCAUCAUGUGGACGACAAUGAAAGGUUCCGUGGUGGCAGGCGUGGUAGAAGCCGUGGAAGCAGUCACGGAAGCAGAAGGUUUAGCACGUCCAGAGAUGCCACUCACAACACACGUGGUGACAGUCACAUGCGGGGAAGGAAUACCCCUCCCAAGAUUAGCGAUAACAGGGGAUAUAACCAAAUGGAGAGACAAAAGGAUAAGGCCCAUUCGCACGCAGAGAAUUAUGAGAGACGCCCUCCUCAACAUGGUGUAUAUGCACAAAGUGGUGUAAAGGUAGAGAGGGAAGGAAACCAUCGUGCGAAUGGAAAGAACUAUGGUAACGAUACCAGCAUCAGAGAAAAAGGAGAAGGUAAUCGAAGGGGUGCCCAAUUGACAGUGACAACAACCCCCACUUGGGUGAAUAUACCCGAAUUGGGGACCAUACCAAAUUACAUAAAUGAGAUAAUAAAAAAUAUGAACAGCUCAUAUGAAAUAAAUGAACCUAUCGAUAUGCUAAACUUGAAGGCAGGUAAAUCCUUUCGUGCUCCUAAGUUACUCCAUGUAGUUAAACAGAUGACGAGCACAAAAAGUUUUUUGAAUUUUCUGGAGAGGAGAAAAGAAGCCCAAAAGAAAUGGAAAAUGGUCGCCCGAAAUAUUGUGCAUGAGGAGUUUAAAAUUUUAAGCGACUCAAUAAGUAGCGAUGUGAUUGACGCGAAAAUAAAGUACCUUACCAGUUCGCUGAGAUCUCUGUAG